AUGUUGGUCGUCUUUUUGGCAUCGUCAUUUAUUCUUGUCUCAGUUUCAAAUGCUUUAGAAAAUGUCGAUCUGGGCAAAGAUCUUAGUGUAACCCUUGAACUCAUUAAACAUCAACCAUGUAAAGCGGGGAAGUGGACAAAGAAACUAGAGUUUGAGUCUGGAAAUGAUAGAAAGGGACCAAAACUUGAGACACAGGAAGGUAAACCUAAUUGUUUCACUAUUGGAGGACAAGUCGAAGUACUUGAGGACUUCCCUGGAGACUUCUCCAUCUACUUGGAGCUCAAGAACACCGCCAAGAAAAAUACCGUACCAGAGAAAUGCGUUAGACAGCCAGAAAACGGAUGUGGAGGAUUUGGAUCCUGCUUGUACUGCAACGCCUGUGAAACAUUUGGGGACAAACUAGGAGUUCGAGCUCAGCUUCUCCUUGAUGGACAACCAAUCAGUUGCUCCGAUGGAUUGAAGAAAGGAAGCUACAACAACUUGAAACUUGCUUUCUGCCUUCCAGACAUUGACGACGUAAUUAGCUCUCAGGGACUUAGCAAGGAAUCAUUCUUGCAAUUGAUCCAAGCUGAUGAUGGAAACCAUGUUCGUGCUAUGGGAAUCUUUGCCACUGUCUACGUUUUCGACUCUGACGUCAGUAAACAAAUGUCAACCCAAAUUAAAAUCGAGGGAGUUUACCGUAGAACCAAGUACAGCUUCUUCAAAGACCAACCACUCCCGGCUGAGGUCUACUGGUCCCUUCCAUUUAACCAGAUGCUCAAAAAUCAACAGAGCUACGUUGCUUGCCAUAAGAUCUAUGGAAACUUGAAGGUCAACCGAAAAUAA